GAGUUCCAGGCCACACGCGACCUCCUGCAGCGUCAGAUCCAGGAGGCCAAGCGCACCAUCACCCUCUCGAAGCCGCUCAGCAGCCAGCUGGUCUCGCGCAGGUCGGCGGUGGAGCGAGCCGACAAGCUCCGCCUCGACAGCAAGAAGGCGCUGGCCAAGGAGUUGAAGGCGCUCGCCGCCAACGCUCCGAAAUCGUUGGAGGCCUCCACCCAGAGCCUGUCCAGGGUCAUCGCCGACAUGCGGUCGUCUCCAGUGGUCCCGCAGACGACCAUGCAGGAGGCGGAGAAGCAUAUCAUGGCGGUCAUCAUCGCGCACACGUGCAUGACCUCGCACUUUG